AUGUCCAGGAACAACAUCAAGCAAGUGUGGGCUCUUCUCCUGGUGUUGGUGUGUGUGGAGCUGUGUGGCAGUGGCAGGGCGAGCGGCGGGGCCUUCUGUGGUGUCCACGCCAGGCGGGGUGGCCACUUCCUCUCCCUGGCAGACCUCUUUGACCGGGUCAUCCAGCACAGUGCCAGGAUGCACAGCAUCUCCAGUGACCUGCACUCUGAAUUCGAGCAAUAUGUUCUGCCAAGCAGAAAUCAUAUUGGCAGGAUAAACCGCCACUGCCAUACAGCCACCAUACACCCUAAUGGCAAAGAGAACGCGCAAAGACUGGCUAGAGAGGAGUUAACAGAGGUGAUUCUGAAGCUGUUGGUAGCAUGGAAGGAUCUGUGGCAGUUCCACCAGAACAUGGUUCACCAGGAUGACUUCAACAACUACUCCAACAAAGCACUGGAGAUGAGCUACAUGGUGCACGAGCUCCGCAAGGGAGUCGAGAAGGUGGCUGAUAGGGUAAGAGGAAGACGGGGGGAGGUGGCUGAUAGGCUAAGAGGAAGACAGGGGAGAAUGUGGCUGAUAGGACGGGGGGAGAAGGUGGCUGAUAGGCGCCACGACCUCCUCUACUGCUUUAGACGGGACUCCAACAAGGUCCAGAACUACCUGAAGAUCCUCAAGUGCAGGAUCGUACCUGAGAACGGAUGCUGA